AUGGCAAAAGUCGCCGAUUUAAAGGUCAAAGCAGCGCUGUUGGAGAAAAGACAAGCUCUUGAAAACGAGUCUGAGAAAUUACGCUUGCAAGAAGAGCUUGCAGUCGCUCAAGCCAGAGAACAAGCCUUCACGAAGGUUAACAAUGAAGUUAAACCUGAAGUUGCAACUGAUGGAAUGUAUGAAGAUCUUGAAGAGCGACCGCUGCGUAAAGAGAACUUUCCGCAUCAGACAGCAAAGAUCGGACCAACUGAAAUGCCCUCAUCGGAGAAAGUUUUUCAACAAACUCCUAUUUCGGCGUUCCACUCGAAAAGAGCCAAUCGCGUUCCAAGAAUGACCGAUUGGCCCAUUCUAAGGUCUGGAGAUGACAACGCCCUGGAGAGAUUUGCAACGUUCCUGACACAAUGCCUGAGCGCAAUGGAAUCGUUAUCUUAUCUCAGUAUUUUGGACCAUCCACAAAACCUGCAGUGUUUAGUGAGAAAAUUGCCCUUCUAUUUACAAGGACGAUGGCGUAGAGAAGUGACUAAGAUAAGAGAAAAUGAUAAGAUCCCUAUGUUCAAACACGUCGCCACUUUCGUUAAAGCAGAAGCAAAGAUAGCAACUGAUCCCGUCUUUUCCCGGCAAGCGCUCGAUAAAAUUGGUCAAGAUGAUAAGGGUAAAGCCAAGAAAAUCCUGCCCUUUAAGUUAACAAGCAACACAACCGUGAUGAAUGAAAAAUCAGGUCGUCCGUGCAUUCUUUGUAAUGCCUCGCACGAUCUAGACGAGUGUAAAGUUUAUUUAAAGAAACCACUAUCUGAAAGAAGAACCCUAAUUGCUAAAAGAGGACUAUGUUUUGCCUGUUAUAGACCCGGACACAGAUCAAGAGGAUGUAUCCAGAGACGAAUCUGCAAGACUUGUUCAGGUUGGCAUCCUACGGGGCUGCACGAUGAAAACUUUCGACCGAAGAGUAAAACAACUGAGGAAACCAAGAAGAAUGAGGACACCACCCCAAAAGGAAACCCUGAUGAGGACAAUCCUGCUGAUUCUGCGAAGAACUGUGCAUUUGCCGUCGCUGAUGAAGUUGCCUGUGAUGCGAGCAAGAUAGAAUUUUCGGUUGAAUCUAUGCCUAUCGUUCCUGUUCGGCUAAAGAGUAACAACAAAGAAAUAAUCACCUAUGCCAUGCUUGAUUCUUGCAGCACGGGUACCUUCAUCACAGAAGAGGCGCUCAAACGACUUGAUGGGAACGGAACGAACACAAGAGUAAUGAUUCGAACUAUGAAUGGACCAAGAAUGCACGAUACCAAGGUAGUAACCGGUCUAGUAGUAUCUGAUUUGAAUGGUGCAAAUACUAUCACCCUCCCGAAAGUCUUUACCAGAGACGAAAUUCCUGGAACCAAGAAUGAAAUACCACGUCCAGAAUUAUACAGUAAAUGGAAACAUCUGGAACGUGUAUCGGAGCAGGUUCCCCCGUAUUUGGCAGAUGUUAGGAUUGGUCUUCUUAUAGGAACGAACUGUCCCAAGGCUAUUGAACCGAGAGAUUUCGUCGCUAGUAGUAACGGAGGUCCCUUCGUGAUGCUGACCUUCGCUGGUUGGACCAUAGUUGGACCACUCUACAUGUCUAAUGAUGACCACUCAGUAGACUGUCACAGAAUAAUCGUCCAAGAGGUUGGAUCAAACAAGCCGUCAGAGCACCAUUUCAUGGUUGAAGAAUCCGUCAAAGAGUUGGUGACGCCCGAAGCAUUAAAUAAAAUGUUCGAGCUAGAUUUUAAUGAGCGACACUCCCAAAAGGAUCAGUAUUCUCAGGAAGAUAAAAGGUUCAUGGAGAAGAUGGAUCGUGAGACGAAGUAUGUGGAUGGACAUUAUGUGAUGCCACUGCCCUUCAGGAAUGAUGAUGUUCAUAUGCCAAUGAAUAAACAACAAGCCAUCGUUAGAGCCUACUGGUUAGAAAAAAAGCUAUCUAAGAACAGUAACUUUCAUCGAGAUUAUGUUAAGUUCAUGAACGAUAUCCUUGGAAAGGGGUAUGCUCGUAAAGUAUCCGAUGACUGUCCAGAAGGAAAACCAGGAAAGAUUUGGUAUCUACCCCAUCAUGGAGUGUACCACGCAAAAAAGCCUGAUAAAAUUUGUGUGGUGUUUGACUGCAGCGCUCGCUUCCAAGGAACAUCGCUGAAUGAUCAGUUAAUGCAAGGCCCGGAUCUGACAAAUUCUUUACUCGGCGUCCUCAUGAGAUUUCGAGAAGACGAAGCAGCAUUUAUGGCUGAUAUUGAGAGUAUGUUUCAUCAGGUUCGUGUCCAGGAAGAACAUUGA